CUUUGAAGAUGUUGCUAUUGAGUUUUCAGGAGAGGAGUGGAAGAUGUUAAGUAAACAGCAGAAAGAGCUACAUAGGAAUGUGAUGGUACAGAACUACGAAAACAUGAUUUCUGUAGGGUAUCCUAUCCCAGUGGAGCAUCUUUGGGUCUACAUUAAGAAAGAAGAAAACUAUUCUAUCUGCUGUCAGUGAAGGAGGCAUAACCAUGCAGGAAAUGCAGCUUCCUGAUACCAGUACCAGCAUCAGCAGGAGCAGAGAGUGUACUGAGGGCUGGAGUCUGCAGUCAUCGCAGGGCAAAUGCUUUGAUUCUGAGCAUGAUAAAACAUUGUUGGUGAACAUAGAGAUUACAAGACACAGCCUGGUGCCAAGUGAAAGCAAACACUAUAACUGUGUUAUGGAAAGCAAAGAUGAGUUUGGCAUGAAAACUGAAUUGGAAAUGCAUCUGGUACCUCAACAAGGAGAAAAGCCAUGCAGGCUUAAUCACAGUGAUAAUUCAAUGCUUCAUUGUAGUGGCCUGACUGACACUGGCAAAGGAAGAAUGAAUAUACCAGCAAUGCACGAGCAAGUAUACAAUGGAAAGAAACAAUAUAAAUAUGCCGUAAAUGACAAGGGAUUGAAGGGUAAAGUAAAAUUAGCAGCAAAUAACAUUACUCAUACCAGACAGAAACUCUUAAAAUGUUCCAGCCAUGAAAAACAUUUUACACAAAACUCAAGAGUAGAAAAACAUCAGUAUAUGCACACUGGUCUGAAACCUUAUAAGUGUGCUACACAUGGAAAGGGGUUUACACAGAAGGGUACCAUGGUAGAACAUCAGUAUACACACACUGGUGGGAAACCUUAUAAGUGUGCUACAUGUGGAAAGGGAUUUAUGCAGAAGGCUUCCAUGGUAACCCAUCAGUAUACACACACUGGGCGGAAACCUUAUAAGUGUGCUACAUGUGGAAAGGGGUUUAUACGGAAGGAUGCCAUGGUAAGUCAUCAGUACACACACACUGAGCAGAAACCUUAUAAGUGUGCUACAUGUGGAAAGGGAUUUGCAUGGAAGGAUGCAAUGGUGAGACAUCAGUAUACACACACUGGGAAGAAACCUUAUAAGUGUGCUACAUGUGGAAAGGGGUUUGCAUGGAAGGAUGCCAUGGUAAGCCAUCAGUAUACACACACUGGUCUGAAACCUUAUAAGUGUGCUACAUGUGGAAAGGGGUUUGUACAGAAACGUGCCAUGGUAAGACAUCAGUAUACACACACUGGUCUGAAACCUUAUAAGUGUGCUAUAUGUGGAAAGGGGUUUACAGAGAAGGGUGCCAUGGUAGGACAUCAGCAUACACACAUUGGUUUAAAACCUUAUAAGUGUGCUACAUGUGGAAAGGAGUUUCUACAGAAGGGUGCCAUGGUAAGUCAUCAGUAUGCACACACUGGUCUGAAACCUUAUAAGUGUGCUACAUGUGGAAAAGGGUUUAUGCAGAAGGCUUCCAUGGUAACCCAUCAGUAUAUACACACUGGGCGGAAACCUUAUAAGUGUGCUACAUGUGGAAAGGGGUUUGCACAUAAGCGUACCAUGGUAAGACAUCAGUAUACACAUACAGGGCAGAAGCCUUAUAAGUGUGCUACAUGUGGAAAGGGUUUUACAGAGAAGGGUACCAUGCUAGGACAUCAGUAUAUACACACUGGUCUGAAACCUUAUAAGUGUGCUACAUGUGGAAAGGGGUUUCUACAGAAGGGUGCCAUGGUAAGUCAUCAGUAUGCACAUACUGGUCUGAAACCUUAUGUAUGUGCUACAUGUGGAAAGGGGUUUACCCAGAAGGCUUCCAUGGUAAGACAUGAGCAUAUCCACACUGGUCUGAAACCUUAUAAGUGUGAUACAUGUGGAAAGCAGUUUAUAAUGAAGGGUGAAAUGGUAAAACAUCAGUAUACGCACACUGGUCUGAAACCUUAUAAGUGUGCUACAUGUGGAAAGGGGUUUCGACAUAAGGGUGCCAUGGUAGGACAUCAGCAUACACACACUGGUCUGAAACCUUAUAACUGUGCUACAUGUGGAAAGGGGUUUACCCAGAAGGCUUCCAUGGUAAGCCAUGAGCAUAUCCACACCGGUCUGAAACCUUAUAAGUGUGAUACAUGUGGAAAGCGGUUUACACAGAAGUGUGUCAUGGAGAGACAUCAGCAUAUCCACACUGGUAUGAAACCCUAUAAGUGUGCCACAUGUGGAAAGGGGUUUAUACGGAAGGGUGACCUGGUAAGUCAUCAGUAUGCACACACUGGUCUGAAACCUUAUAAGUGUGCUACAUGUGGAAAAGAGUUUACACAGAAGGCUUCCAUGAUAAGACAUGAGCAUAUCCACACUGGUCUGCAACCUUAUAAGUGUGAUACAUGUGGAAAGCAGUUUACAAAGAAGGGUGUCAUGGAGAGACAUCAGCAUAUCCACACUGGUAUGAAACCCUAUAAGUGUGCCACAUGUGGAAAGGGGUUUAUACGAAAGGGUACCAUGGUAAGACAUCAGUAUGAACAUACUGGUCUGUAACCUUACAAGUGUGCUACAUGUGCAAAAAGGUUUAUACUCAAGGGUGA